CAGAGCCAUGGAAGAGAUGUUGGGGGCUCGUGAGCCCCGGGUCCGGCCGAGAGAGCGAGACCCAGAGCGGCACCCUCGCCUGGACCGAGACCGCCACCCCGAGCGACCGCGGGACAGAGCCGGGGACCGGCGCAGGGAGAGGAACGGGGACCGGCGAGGGGACCGGGACAGGAAGAGGGACCGAGACCCCCCCCAGGACCGACACCGGGACGCGGGCCGUCGUACGCGUGAAGCAAGAGUCUGGGAAAAGUCUCGCCAAAGCCGGGGGCUGGAGGAACCCCGGGGACCAACCUGGGACACGGCCCCGCCCCCCUGGCCCGCACCCUGGGAAACCCCGGAGCGGCCGCCGCCCCCGAGGAAGGAGGGGUUCGCGCGCCACGGACCCGAGAGUUAUAGCGAACCCACUCCCGGGAGAUAUGUGCCCUCGCACCCCAGGCCUGGACUGGAGGAAUUGGAAUAUUACCAGUCAGAGGCUGAAGGACUUCUGGAAUGCCACAAAUGCAGAUACUUGUGCACUGGGAGAGGUGUGGUACAGAUAGUGGAGGUGAUUUUGAAUGGGAUGGUUCUCAUGUGCAUCGUGGCAUCCUACUUUGUCCUUGCUGGAUUCAGCGCCAGCUUUGUCAGUGGCAGCGGCUUUGGGAACAACUAUUACUCACCGUUUGAGGGCAGCGAGCUGGAGGAAGUUCGGCGGCUGGACCAGCAGUAUACAGUCCUCCGGUCACCCCUGAUAUACAGUGGCGUGGCCGUUUCCCUGGGGCUGGGUGUCCUCACCAUGGGCGUUCUGAUCCAAGGAGCCAAGAGUCUAACAGAAUUGCCUGGGAAGUGGCUUCCCUUGGAGGCCAUGUUCAGUCUCCUUGCGGCAGUGGGCUACUGCGUAGGCAUUGGUGUUUACCUCCACGUGGCUUUGCAGAUCAAUUCCAUGGAUACUUGCAAAAAAAGAGAGAGGCUGUAUGCCCGCAGAGGUCUCACCUGGAUGAACUGCCAGCUGGCGGGCACUGACGGAGCAGCAGCCACCUUUGCUUGUCUUCUCGUAAUUAUGUACAGUGUCAGCGUGGUCCUGGCCCUGCGGAGCUACAGAAAACAGAAGCUCUACAAAAACAACCAAGAACAGCACAGAAAUUACAGUGAUGCAACAGAAUACGUGUGGUCUGGGACACUGUAAGGAGACCUCUAGAACCCAAAUGUCAACCCUCCCCCCGACUGUUUCUCUCCAAAAGGCAGGUCCUUUAAAACCAGUUA